CUGCUCAAACGCUCUUACCUGCUCAAAGGACAACCUUUGAAAUCGCCGUUUUGUGCGCUGUUUGUUUGUGUGCGUUUUGCUCGGCGUUUGUGUGCGCUUUGGUUGGUGUUUGUGUGCGGGUUUCGUGGGUAUAAAACCGGCGACUUUUCUCAUUCGCGGUUUCUACCUUAGCUUACCUGUCGGGACACACCGGAUCUCGUUUUCACCUGGGGCACUCCCGUUUGUCGAAGUGGGAAGGAGUCCGAAAAGGAAAAACGGAGACAGGACUGUGCGAAAUACAGUGGAUUGAGUAGAUUAAAUAAAUUAAGAGUAACCCACGAAAGGAAGGCCUCCAUUUUCCAUAAUCAUUGAAAAGGAUAACGCAAGAAGUUCGUCGUGUGAUUUGAAUAGAACAAUUACGAAACGCGAAGCGGAAUAAGGGUAUAACUGUUCACCUCUGUCCGCUUUGUGAAACUUGAGUAGACUCCCCUCAGAGGUGAAUUGAACUUUGUGAAUUGGGGAAACAGUGUGAGCGUUCUAACGGAGACGGUUAUAACGGUGUUGGGCUUCAAAAACGGACGGACCAUGCCUCGAGCCUUCCUCGUGAAAAAGACGAAUAUUUCACCUGGCAGGCGGAACUGGGGCCAGGUACCGGAUCAUGAACGCGGGGAAAUAUAUAUACCAGGUCCUGCCUCUGUGUGAUUCAGAGGCCAGCCCAGCUGAAUGGACUCUGUGCCGCUCCGGGCUGCAGGGAGCUGUCACUCACGAUGGCCAGAGGGCGGAGCUCCCCUGCAGCACAGCACAGGGCCAGCAUGGCCCCGCCCCGGGGGAGUGGCCAAAGCCACAGGGCCCCGCCCCCUACGUCCGUUCCAAAAUCAAGGUGACCACAGGUGAGCCUCCACCUGUAGAGUCUGUCUGCAGUGAUGCUCCGGCAGUGGGCCUGUCUCCCAGCCAAUCCGUGGACGCGUCUUUGGGACGGGGCGUGUCCAAGUCUCCGGCUGUGAACUUGAGUGGGGGCGUGUCUCCGGAAGCGAGCGGGGCUCCAGGAGGGGGCAUGUCUCCAGAAGCGGGCGGGGCUCCAGGAGGGGGCGGGGCUGCGCUCAGGUGCCAGGUGUGCCAGAAGGGCUUCCAGUUCCAGCGCAUGCUGAAGAGACACCUGAAGUGCCACAGUGACGCCAAGAGACACCUCUGCACCUACUGCAGCAAGGGCUUCAACGACACCUUCGACCUGAAGAGACACGUACGCACACACACAGGUGUGAGGCCGUAUAAGUGCGCUCUGUGUGAGAAGGCGUUCACACAGAGGUGUUCACUGGAGUCACACAUGCGCAAGAUCCACGGCGUGUCGCAGCAGUAUGCCUACAAGCAGCGUCGCAACAAGCUGUUUGUGUGUGAGGACUGCGGCCUGACCGCCCCGACGCAGGAGUCCCUGCUGCUCCACCUGCAGCAGCUGCACCCACACAGCGCCCUGCUGCGCAGCAAGGCCCGCCCCGGAGCCAGGGGCCACUGCUCCUCCCCCAGCCCCGCCCCCAGGUGA